AUGGUGGCUCAGCAACAGACGAGAAAGAGCAGUGGCCUGCCUGAGGGCUACCGGGAGGACCACGCCAAAGGUGCCAUGCUCAGAUACGAAGACUCCCUUCCCAGAUUACCCGUUCCCACCCUCGAGGAGACUUCGAGACGAUACCUCAAAUCCGUUCACCCGCUCCUCAGCCAAGCCGAAUAUGAGAACACAAAAAUGGCCGUAGAGGCCUUCACAAAGCCGGGUGCUAUUGGCCAUACUCUUCAAGAACGACUUUUGAAGCGUGCCAGGGACCCUAAGACGAAGAAUUGGCUUUCUGAGUGGUGGAACAAUGCCGCAUACCUCGGAUACCGUGACCCCAUUAUCCCCUAUGUCUCGUACUUUUACAGCCACAGGGAUGACAGGAAACGAAGAGACCCAGCUAAGCGAGCUGCUGCCAUCUCGACUGCAACCUUGGAAUUCAAGAGGCAGGUCGACGAGAACUCGCUCGAGCCUGAAUACAUGAAGAAGCUCCCCAUGGCCAUGAGCUCGUACAUCUGGAUGUUCAACGCCUGCCGUGUCCCAGCCAAGCCUGCCGACUACCCUGUAAAGUACUCUUCCCACGACCAUGAGCACAUCCUCGUCAUUCGCAAGAACGCCUUCUUUAAGAUCCCGCACACCCACAACGGCAUCCAGCUUAGCACAAAGGAGCUCGAGCACCAGUUCAGGCGAGUAUACGAAAUGGCCGAGAAGUCUCCGGCUGUUGGUAUCAUGACCACUGAGAACCGCGACAACUGGACCGAUAUGCGUGAGCGUCUCAUCAGGUCGAACCCAGCUAACAAAGCUGCAAUCGAGGCCAUUGAAUCUGCUUCUUUCGUUGUCUGCUUGGACGAUGCUACUCCAAUCACUCUUCACGAGCGCUCGCACCAGUACUGGCACGGUGACGGCAGCAACCGCUGGUUCGACAAGCCACUGCAAAUGAUCAUCAAUGACAACGGUACCUCUGGCUUCAACGGCGAGCACAGCAUGAUGGAUGGCACUCCAACGCAUCGUUUGAACGAUACGAUCAUGCACUGGAUCUUCAACGAGAAGCUCGACUUUGAGAACCCACAACUCCGAUCUGACAUCCCAGACCCAGCUCCUAUCAGAUUCAAGCUUUCUGGCGAGAACUACGCAGACGUCGCACUUGCUACCACCCACCACGUCAGCCUCAUCAGCCAGCAUGAGCUCCGCGUCGAGGCGUUCCAGGGAUACGGAAAGGGUCUUAUGAAGAAGUUCAAGUGCUCCCCCGACGCCUACGUGCAAAUGGUCAUCCAGCUUGCCUACUACAAGUUCUACGGCAAGAGCCGCCCGACAUACGAAUCCGCCGCCACUCGUCGUUUCCAAGAAGGCCGAACUGAAACCUGCCGAACCGUUUCCGAUGAGAGCGUGGCUUUCUGCGCUUCAAUGCAACAUCCACUGUCUACCGACGAGGAGUGCAGAGACCUUUUCAGGAAGGCGCUCUCCGCUCACACCGAGUACAUCACUGCUGCUAGUGACGGCAAGGGAUGCGAUCGACACUUGUUUGGUCUGAAGAAGCUGCUCCAGCCUGGUGAGGAUGUACCCGAGAUCUUUAAGGACCCGGCGUACUCGUACAGCAGCACUUGGUUCAUCAGCUCUUCGCAAUUGAGCUCUGAGUACUACAACGGAUACGGUUGGUCGCAAGUCAUUGACGACGGUUGGGGCAUGGCCUACAUGAUCAACGAGAACAGCAUCCAGUUCAACAUUGUCAGCAAGAACCUCGGCGCCGAGCGUAUGGCUUUCUUCCUGAACGAAGCCGCCCAGGACAUCCGGGCCGUCAUGGAGAGCGAGAGCGCGACCAAGGCCAGACUCUAG